AUGGUGGAAACCACGGAGGCCGAGGAGGAAUUGCCCGUCGAAACUGAGAUAUUCGGUGUUUCUCCAAAUCAAACAACUGCCGCGUCAUUGAGCUCUCAUAUCGAUGCGUUGAAGAGAGCCUUGCAUCUAGCCUCCUCAAAUGGCACUCAGAGGCAGUGCCUCGAAGGAUCUUCUACGCCAGUCGUUGAACAACGGCAAAAGUCACAAUAUGUCCGCAACUUCCCCUCGAUACGACAGCUCAAACUGCUUAUCGGUUUGUACUUCGAGGAGCUGAACCCUUUCUUCCCAUGCAUUGAAGAGCAGGAAUUCAUGGAGCGUAUGGAACAGGUUAGACAGGAUUUAGUUGAGGAUGGGGGUGGGCUUUGCCUUGUCGUCAGGCCCUCAUCACGCAACUUUUUCAUGCUGAUGUACAUGGUCCUCGCGGUUGCGACAUAUCUUGACUCUACGAGCCACUCACAAAAGAAUGCAGCUCCCCCGGGAUGGCAAUAUUGCUUGAUGGCUGAAGAGAUAUCCGGCAGGGAUCAUCAUACGCGACUCUUGCCAGCAGAACUGGAUCUCAUUCGCUACUAUACCGUAAAAGCGAUAUAUAUGGUUCACAUCGAGAAACUCACCCCAGCCUCACAUUCAAUUGCAAUAGCAAUUCAAUCGGCAUUUUCGGCACAUUUGAAUGAUGAAUCCACCUGGAUAGACUGCUCCAAGUCUAGAAAACAUGCCCGAAGGCUGUUAUGGUGGACUGUGUUCUAUGUUGAUCGCCGAAUAGCACAAAAAUGUUGGAAGCCGUACAUCAUCCGAGAGAAUGAAUUUCGCGUUGGUGAGCUUGCAGUCACCGAAGAAGAACUCCUCAGCACCGUGUUCGAUCUUCAGACUCACAUCAAGGUGGAAGAACAACUUGUCAUUAAUCGCUACGUGCAGACUAUGAUUAGAUGGGCACGACUGUGGGCCCAGGUCUGGGAUUCGAUGUUUGCUGUUAGCUCUAGCUAUGGAAAAAAUCGAGCAGAAGAGAUUGAAGUUCUGGACGCCAAAAUCCUAUACGCUCAAAGAGAAACUCAUGAAAGCUUAUGUUGGGACACUUUGUUCCUCCCAACGUAUCUAGCAACUGGAGAGACCGACGCUCAGAUUCGGUCGAGGCUGGUUGCCUAUGUGAGAUUCAACCUGUUGCGACUUCUCCUUCGCCAGUCAUGGAAACAUACCACCGCAGCGGACGCUCGAGGCUCACAAAUUUGCUUAGAACUCUCAAACGAAACCAUCGAAGCAAUUGUAGAGUAUAUGGUAUCACAGGUAAACCCGAUACCAUUCGGGCUCAACGCUAUUGAGUGCGUUGUAGAGUGCAUAUGCCACCUAGUUCCUCACGUCAACAAGGAGAAGAGCAUUUUUUCCAACUCUUUGCCCAUGUCUUCAUUUGAGGGAGCAAUUAAAUUCCUUGAGAAUUUGUCACCAAAGCUCGGAGCGGCGAGGAGGGCGUUGGAUGCUUUGGGAGAGAUUGCGGAAAAGGGUUGGCCACCGUCUUUCACCUCGAACGGCCAGGUGGGAGGCGUUCAAGAGAUUCCAUGCCUCAUAAACACAGCGGUAGAUUUGGGACAGGGAUCAUUUAAUGAGCUUUUUGUACCUGAUACCUGGUCCGAGAUAUGCUUCCCUAGCUUGGAGGAAGGACAGGUCCGCAUAACUUGA